AUUCUGCAAUGGCGUUGCCUAGUGGUGUGUGUGUAAGAACCCGGCUCGGGUGACAAGGCGUUCAACGGUAUGCUGAUGGUAUCGAUGUCGGUAACGGAAUUUAGUGCUCUUAAAUAUUCCUAAUAAAAUAUUAUGUUUACGGUAUAGUCAUAUGAUAUAGCGGAACAUCCAUUUUCGAUUGAUUUCUCGGAAGGAGGAGCUCCAUUUGUGUUGACUGAUAAAGCAUCAGAUUUGAAACGGAACGAGAGAGAUGGAGAGGAUGGUACUGUGAUGCUUGUCCUGCAGAAUGUGAUACCGAAUCACAAAAUUGACAUUUAGUGAUGCUACUACACAUUUGAAAGCAAAUAUCUCCUCCGUCGCCAAGGCGAAGAUGCUGAAGACGGAGGCUUCAACAGAGAGGACCACCCUAAGGAGUGCCUCUCCGCACAGGAAUGCCUACAGGGCAGAGUUUCAGGCUCUCAAGAAGGCCUUCGACCAGCCGAGACAAGACGGCGAAUCCAAGAGCAAAGAUCCGGAACGGAUCCGACAGCCCCGUGGUCGGCAGUAUGGCGCGCACGUCAGCCGAAUCAAGGACAUGUUCAUGCAGAUGGGCACAGAGAACACGGGUUCUGGGAAGCCUCGAACAAGAGAGUCGUCUCCACAGAAACUUACCAAACCGACCAAUUUCAUUAAUCGGGCAGAUGGCUCAGUGAUCAAACUGCAGCAUGGUGAGAGAACCGGCAACUCGAAGUUCUCAGAGACAAGGAAGCUCUUUGAGCAGAGCUCCAGAGAUACAUCCCAGUCUCCUGUGUACACAUACGGCAGAGAUAAGAGGGGUUCUCAUGAGCAUCUGGAUGAUUGGAGAGGAGCACGUUCCAACAGGGGCAGCACAGACUCCUUGGACAGUCUUUGCUCACGAACAGAGGCGUCUUCACCAACAGUCAGCCAGCUCAGCGCCGUGUUUGAGAAUUUAGACCAUCAAGGCUCAGGCUCUACUGUCCGUAGAGGUUAUGGAGGCGGUCGUGCUCUUUAUUCACCCGAUAGCUCACUAAGACACGGGGAUGCCAGUGAGGAUGAUGCCAGCCUUGUGUGCAGGACACGUGUUGGGAGCAAGAACACUCUUCCAGUUUCAUCCUCCUCAGAAGACCUUCUCAGUCCCAGCCCGUUGUCUGAGCAGGCGAAGGCCGUUGAGGAGAAUAAGGUCCAGGAGAGGACUGUGGCAGAACAUGGGAACAUAGGAAGCAGUGAGGUUGUAGACGGAUCAAGUGAGCACAAGCAGGGUGAAGAUGCUCCUGGAGAUUUCACAAACGCUGCUCAUGUUAAUGACACUUCGGUGUAUAACAAGCCACAAAAGGAUACACCUGACUCAGCAGACAGCAAGGUUCAAAAGGAUAUAGAGGAACCUGAAGAUGACUCUAGCCGGAUAGCAGCUUAUCAUACGGAAGAGCCCAAUGAGGAAUACUGUGGCAAUGAGAGGGUUAUUUACAAUGCUGACGGAGAUGCUUGCUACCAGGGCUGGGGAGAGAGCUGCACCGACGUGGAGGAUGAUUUGUAUGGGGAUGACGAUGUUAGCUAUGAUCCUGGAUCAGAGAUUACUGAGAUUCCUGGCCUUCCUGAGGAGGACAAGGAAGAUAUUCCUCCAAAGCGGAAAAUACGAUUCAGCACUGCCUCGAUUACGGUCUUUAAUACCUACUCAAAUGAGGAUUACGAUCGCAGGAACGAGGAGGUGGAUCCAGUGGCAUCCUCUGCAGAGUAUGAACUGGAAAAGAGAGUGGAAAAACUGGAACUUUUCCCAGUGGAGCUGGAAAAAGAUGAUGAUGGUUUGGGGAUCAGCAUUAUUGGCAUGGGAGUCGGUGCAGAUGCAGGCUUGGAGAAGUUGGGCAUAUUUGUCAAGACUGUUAUUGAAGGUGGAGCAGCAGAGAGAGAUGGAAGGAUUAAGGUGAACGAUCAGAUUGUGGAGGUUGAUGGCACCAGCCUGGUGGGUGUGACACAGAGCUUCGCUGCCUCUGUGUUAAGAAACACCCAAGGUGUGGUCAGGUUUGUGAUUGGCCGGGAGCGUCCAGGGCAAGAGAGUGAGGUAGCUCAGCUGAUCAGUCAGACUCUGGAGCAGGAGAGGCGUCAGAGAGAGAUGAUGGAGCAGCAGUAUGCACAGUAUGAUGCUGAUGAUGACGAGACGGGAGAGUACGCCACCGACGAGGAUGAAAACGUGGGACCUGGCAGGACUGAGAAGGACGUAACCAUUGAGGUUUUCGACUUGCCUGAAAACGAAGACCUCAUCUCACCAUCCGAGCUGGACGCCACCAAACUCUACCAGAAAUUCAGAGAGCUACAGAUCAAACACACUGUCACUGAGGCUGAGAUCCAGAAACUCAAGAGCAAGCUGGCAGCAGUGGAGAAAGAGAAGGCCCGCUGGGAACGAGAGAGAAGCCAACUGAAGCAGAGCAUUGAGGAUAAUAAGGAAAGGAUGUUGAAGCUGGAAAGCUACUGGAUCGAGGCUCAGACUCUCUGCCACACUGUCAACGAGCACUUAAAGGAGGCUCAGAAUCAGUACCAAGCCCUGGAGAAGAAAUACAACAAGGCCAAGAAGCUGAUCAAGGAUUUCCAGCAGAAGGAGGUGGAGUUUGCCCAGAGGGAAGAGGCAGAGAAGAAGAGACUUGAGGAUGUGGAAAAGGCUCAUUUAGAUGAGAUCCAUGGGCUGCAAGUGAGGAUUGCAGCACUGGAGUCAGAGCUGAUGCAGCUGAUGAAACAAAAUGGCAUUCAGGUAAACAACAACAACAACAACGGUGUGAACAGCCGCACACAGCUGAGCGAGAGAGGUGCUGCGCCGCAGUGUCCUGAGAGACGCCUGACUGUAGGAGGGUCAGACGAGCGUGUAGGCAGUGGCCUGGUGAAGGGUCAGACGCAGAUGUUUGGAGCCUCGAGAAGUGCACAAGACAGCAGCAGUUCUACCGAGGGCGAGGACAUCAUCCAGUGGAGGAGUUCUCACAGCCUUUUCACUGAUAUACAUGAGUCCAUGGCCCCCAGGGUGCCUGAGAGUGAGGGUCCUCUAGGUGUGUCAAGCCUUUUCCAAGGUCAAGAUGAAAAAUGCAGGAAGAAGCUUGUGGACUUGGGCUCCACAGACCCAUCAGCAGAGAAACCAAACAAAGAGAAAUACACAAGCAAGCAGAAAUCGUUUUCAUGGCCACACUUCUCCUAUUCAUAUAACUUGGCCUCUACUGUAAUGGAUGACGUCAGCAUGAGCAGCUCCAGCUCAGGAGAGAUGUGGGGUUUGGUCACCGAGCCUAAGCUGACCGGUCGCUCACACACACUAGUGCUCUCGUCAGAUGAGAGUCUGGAUACAAGUGACGAAGAGAUCCAGGAUGAAGGGCAGCCGCUGAAGCAGCACCAGUGGCAAAACCGCAGUGUGCCCGACUGGUCGUGUCAGCAGGUGUGUCUCUGGUUAAUGGGCCUGAACCUGGAGCAGUACAUCCCUCAGUUCACUGCCAAGAACGUGGAUGGAGAGCAGCUCCUGCAACUCGACAGUGACGCACUCAAAGAUCUAGGUGUAGCCUCUUCUCAGGACCGGGCUGUGUUUAAGAGGAAGCUGAAAGAUCUGAAGGUGCUGAUGGAGAAAGCCCGCAGGAACAACGAGAAACUGCAGAAGCAGGUGGAAAAACCACACAAGAAAGAACUGGAGCAACCACAGAAAGAGUGUCACAAAAACAGCCAGACCUCUGAGCCAGGAAAAGUGUACUGCAGAGUGACAGCAGUCACGAAAAUAACUUCUGAGAGAUGAGUCUAGUGUUUUAUGGUACUCUAGUCUGGGCUCCAUUUAGCAGACAUCUCACUGGAAGAGGCACUGCGUGUGAACUGCCAUUGGAGAAAAUAAACCAAACCAUCCUGAAGAACUGAUCCUUUUAACUGUAAUUUUCUUUUUUUAGAAUGCUCGUUCAUCUGCGGGGUGUCUAUUUAUUUGCAUUUUAGCUUGAAAUGAAUUAACAGUAAUUCUGAGAUUUCAAGCAUCUUUAAGCAUUAAAUAUUUACACAUGCAUAUAUAUAUAUAUAUAUAUAUAUAUAUAUAUAUAUAUAUAUAUAUAUAUAUAUAUAUAUGCCAUUUUCUAUCGAGACCAAGAUGUGUGGUUUACUCUAUGUGAAAAAUCUCUUGGCUUAAAGCACAGGUGAUGGUGACGCACACUGCUGCUGUCAUGCUGUCCGAAAGCUCGAGUGCCGCUCACUGGAAAUACGGAAAUCUUACUGUGAGAAGAAAGCCAUUCCAAGUAUUCCAAGAAAUAGCCCAGACCUCGCACUAAAUCCAUCUGACCUUGUGGAUACUGUAUACCUGUAGCUGUAUUAACACUUCAGUCUGCUGUUUCGUGUCCUGUUUCCCUCAGUGACAUAAAUACGGAAACCUGCUGUUCAGAGCAUUGUGCAAGAAAGGAAACAGCAAGGAAUAAUCAAUGAGACCUGACCAUGUGACCAGAAGAGCCGAUACUGAAAACGCACUCCAAAGAUGACAGAACGGAUCGCCGAGACGUCCUGCUGCUUCUUCUUCCUCACCGCUACUUGCUUUUAGUCGUCAUUUGACUGCACUAGAUCCUCAGUUAGACUCAAGCGCUGCCUUCUGAACUACCGCUGUAUAGAUUUUGUAUAGAAUAGCCGCUCCGAGUGUGUGAACCCCCCCCCCCACCCUGACUACGGUAGUCCAACAUCUUAAUGGUGUUCAGUAGCUAACGAACCUGCACUUAAAGCAGACCUAUUCAAAUUUAUUAUUUAACGCUUGUUAUAUAAAUGUUCUUUUAUUUCCUGGACAGUGGAAUGAGAUUUGUUUUGUCCAUUCAGGCUGCUGUGUUCAUGCUCGUCAGUUUUAGCUAAGCAUCAUAUCAUGGGGGGGGGUGUUCCAAAAUACUUUUAAUUCAGUAUAUAUAAUACUAGCAAGUAUUGAUCCUAAUCCAUGAUUCUAUUGUGAUUUUUUUUAAUGUACAGUCAAUACAGAUAUUUCUGUCAGAUAUCUUAUUGCUUAUUAAUAUUCAGCUGUAGUUUUAGUCCCUCAUCGUUUGCUUUGAGGUUUUUAACUGAUGCAGUUAUACACGUUUGUGUUCAUAUUUCUACAUUUUCGUCUCUUCCCUCAUCCGGUGAACGUCUUCUUUUCUGUGAAAACACAAUUGUUUUGUUCUGCUGUGAUAAUUUCCAUGUUUACAUUUCCAAAUCGUGAUGAUUUCAGUAGAAACGCAAGGGCAGCGCUGCAGGGUAUCAGGCGGCGCUGAGUCAGUGUGUGAAUUCUCAAAGUUCUCCCAAGAUAUGUUGGUCUUUGCUCCCACAUAUGCUUGUAUUUACUGUAAUUUAGCUACAGUGUGUUAGGAACCGUUUUCUUAUACGGAGUUUGUUUAAAUUAUUUAUUUUUCAAAUCGAAAAAGAAAAUUAUUGGAAAAAAUCACCUGAUGUAAUUUAUCAACAAAAUAUUAUAUAGUCAUAUUUAUGCCAAAAAUUGUGAUCCGUCUAUCCCAGUGAUGAAUUCGUUUCUAUCCUUUAUGUUGAUCCACCGUAAAUGUAUGAAAAUCAGACUGCUGCUUUCAGAUUUCUUCUGUCAGUCAGCAACAUGCCAUGACUUUUAUAUAUAUGACAGUUAAAAGCAAUAUGUGAACUUAAGCUUUUAAGAGAUGUUGUCUCUUUGCUGUGGGUUGCCUAUAUGAAUGUGUGUAUGCACAGGAUAAUCAUGGGUGAUGUGAUGCUGGUGGUCAUGAUGCAUAAUCAUUCUUAGAACACACACACGUCACUGAAACUGUGUGCACCUUCUCUAAACCAGAGCUCCAUCACUUUUCAGACGCACAAACAAGGCAGCUGUUCAUCUAGUUUGUAGAAACGGUUUCUGCCCAGUUUAUUCGCUUCUGUGCUUUCGGCAAAGUUUCUUGUUUUUCCCUAAUAGUCAAGGCGUUAGCUCCGUCCACUGCAGACCAAAUGCAAAGCACUGAAAGUACAGAGCUGCUCCUUUUUCCAUGCUGUUUUGUUAACUCACAGCUGCAUGAAGGACCCCAAGGUGCCAUGUGUCCUUUAGUCUCCAGGACCGUCAUAUUUUACCAUGUUUUUAUUUAUGAGAGGUUACAGUUGUCACUUAUGUUGACUUGUAAAUACGCCUCCAAAUGACACAACCAUUCACAGAAAUACAAUGAAGGUUCAUUCCAAAA